CCAUUUCAAACAAAACACUUAACACAUUACACACACCUUCAUCAUGGGUCGGGUCACUUUUAUUCAAGUAUUUGCUCUUUCACUUCUCAUCUUCUCAAACUUAGCUUUUGCUCAACUCAGACAAAACUACUACGCAAACAUCUGCCCGAAUGUGGAAACGAUCGUCCGCAACGCAGUCACAGCUAAGGUUCGCCAGACAUUCGUCACCAUCCCAGGAACUCUUCGCAUGUUUUUCCACGAUUGUUUCGUUCAGGGGUGUGAUGCUUCAGUUUUGAUAGCAUCAAGCGGGUCCAACACUGCAGAGAAAGAUCAUCCGGAUAACCUGUCAUUGGCUGGGGACGGGUUUGAUACGGUUAUCAAAGCGAAAGCUGCAGUUGAUGCUGUCCCGGCUUGCAGAAAUAAAGUGUCGUGUGCGGAUAUUCUCACCAUGGCUACACGGGAUGUUGUCGUGGCGGCAGGUGGGCCAUCGUAUGCGGUGGAGCUAGGAAGGUUAGACGGGCUGAGUUCAACGGCAGCUAGUGUGGGUGGGAAGCUUCCGAAACCAAACAUGAAUUUGGAUCAACUUAAUGCCAUGUUUGCUUCACAUGGGUUGACCCAAGCCGACAUGAUUGCGCUCUCAGGUGCACACACUCUUGGAUUCUCGCAUUGCAACCAAUUCACAAACAGGAUAUACAACUUCAGCAAGCAGAACCCGGUUGAUCCAACUCUAAACCCAAAUUAUGCGACCCAAUUGCAGCAACAGUGUCCAAAGAACGUUGACCCGCGGAUAGCUGUAAACAUGGAUCCAAACACACCAAGAAAAUUUGACAACGUGUACUACAAGAACCUGCAGCAAGGACAAGGAUUAUUUACUUCUGACCAGGUUCUCUUCACUGACUCAAGGUCAAAACAGACCGUGAACGCAUGGGCCUCCAGCUCACAAGCUUUCAAUAACGCGUUUGUUACAGCUAUGACUAAACUAGGUCGGGUUGGAGUCAAGACGGGUCAAAAUGGAAAUAUCAGACGAGAUUGUUCCGCAUUUAAUUAAUUAAGAUUAAUCUCAAAUACCACUUAGCUAUAUACACAAAUUUCAUUUCAAAAAUGAAAUGAUGUUAAAGCCUAAAGAUGUAUUUUCUGUUACAACAUGAUGGCCUUUCCCAUUGUUUCUCAUCAUACAUAAUAAUGGAAGGAAAACAGAAAAAUUUGAACACUGUAUUUACUUUUUGAA